AUGCGAGCCUUAAGCUGCGUGGUUGCUGUGGUAGCUGCCGCAGCGUCGCUUUUUCAACAUGUCGACGCCCGCUCGCACGCAAGAGACAGACUGAAUAGUCUCUCCCGCAUCGCUCGACCGGUUAUCCAUACGCCAUCACACCGUGUUCACUCCCAUUCGCAUUUCGACAUCACAUUCGAACUUCAUCCGAGGAGCCAGCGGAUAAAACUACAGCUGGAACCAAACCACGACGUACUCUCCCAGGAUGCGCAGGUUACGUUCCUCGACAGCGAGGGAAAUGUUGACCGGAUAGAGCGUAUAGAACGGAGGGACCACCGGGUGUUCAAAGGAUGGGCGUGGGUUCAAGGGGAAUCCGGGGCGUGGGAUAGGGUUGGAUGGGCUCGAAUUAUGAUGCAGAGAGACGGAGUUGAGCCCCUUUUUGAAGGUGUGUUCACGGUCAUGCACGACCAUCAUCAGAUCAUUCCAAAGUCGAAGUACGUGCGAAAGAAACAUCGACACGAUCCGCCGUUGGAUGGUACGCCGGGUGAAUACAUGCUUCUCUUCCGAGGCUCGGAUAUAGAGACACAGGGCAACGUUGGACGGUCGAUCUCAUCCUCGCCUUCAUGCGACGCAGACACUCUUUCAUACGGUUCCAACUCGGAUUUCAUGUUUCCUCCCCUCCAGCAGGACAACGACACUAGCCUUUGGGGCUCGCUCAUGACCAGCAUAAGUAAACGACAAAAUUCAGACACAGGUGGCUCCGUUCCUGGUUCACAGGAUUUGAGAGCUACUAUUGGAAACACAGCUGGAUGCCCUAAUACCAGGAGGGUUGCCUUGAUAGGCGUGGUGGCUGAUUGCACCUAUACUUCUACUUUCGCCUCGGAAAUGGAUGCUAAAAAGGACAUCAUCGCAGUUGUCAAUGCUGCGUCGGUUGUGUAUGAGCAUACGUUUAACAUCUCGCUCACCCUUGGAGAUGUGAACAUUCUUCCCAAAAACUGUCCAUCAACGGCCUCAUCUGCCACUCCUUUCAACCUAGAGUGUGACGACCGGGUUGGGGUCGAAUCUUUUACCCUCUCCGAUAGGCUGAAUACCUUUUCGGCCUGGCGUGGAAAGAAGACCGACGAGUUUGCGUUCUGGACUUUGAUGACCGAUUGCACGACUGAAAACCAGGUCGGCUUAGCAUGGGCUGCUCAGCUAUGUGUCAAGGGUGUUCAAGGGGAUGCGAAUACCCGCAACUCCAGCUCACAGGCUGUUUCGGGUGCCAACGUGGUUUCCAAGACGGAUAACACCUGGCAGGUUUUUGCGUAA